AUGUCUACCGCCGCCCGACGCCGUCUGAUGCGUGACUUCAAGCGCAUGCAAACGGACCCCCCAGCCGGCGUCUCUGCAUCACCUCUUGCUGAUAAUGUCAUGACAUGGAACGCCGUGAUCAUCGGCCCCGCCGACACGCCCUUUGAGGACGGAACCUUCCGGCUCGUCAUGCACUUCGAAGAGCAAUAUCCCAAUAAACCACCCUCGGUCAAGUUCAUCAGCCAGAUGUUCCACCCCAACGUCUACGCCACGGGCGAGCUGUGCCUGGACAUCCUGCAGAACCGGUGGAGCCCGACGUAUGAUGUGGCUGCCGUGUUGACAAGCAUUCAGAGUCUUCUGAACGACCCCAACACCGGAUCACCUGCCAACGUCGAGGCUUCGAACUUGUACAAAGACCAUCGCAAGGAGUAUACCAAGAGGGUGCGAGAGACGGUUGAAAAGAGCUGGGAAGACUCGAGCUAAAGCCUGAACACGGCCGGAGAUGGAAGGGUUGGUGUUUACUAUUCAUAUGCGGGGCGUUCUUCAAUUGCUACUGAACAAGGGAGUCAUGGCGUCUAUGGUUCCUGGUUCCCCAUCGCCAUCUACUUAUUCUGCAGAUUGACGGGCGUUCAAGAGGAGAUGAUCUGCCCACAGCAUAGUCCUCUUGUGAGAUGGUGCCAAGGGGGAGAGAUUGUGGUUCCUCGGCGUCGGUUAUAUCCAAAUCCAAUUGUUCUUAGCUGUACCUUGAUCCAACAUCACGUCGUUUGUGCG